UUAGCCUCCCUCCGUCUUACUCUUAGGUGAUAUUGAGAGGACUGUGUUUGAAUGGAACAUAGAAAUUUUUAAGGUUGAUUCCUGGCAUUUGUACACUACUUUGUGUAUUUUCUAAAUCCUCCUUGUAAAUAUAAUUAAAAUAUGGCAAGUUCGCUUAGCGGAAUGUUUUUCAGGGCAAUACAAACAGUGAAACCCCAUGUUCCCCUGAUAAAGUUUAGAAAAGGAGGACACAGAGUUCCAGAAGCAGGUCACAGCUCGGGCCCUGCCGUUGUCCAAGCUUCAGCAGCAAGGGUUCCAGCCAAGGGGGAGGCUAAGGUGACUGUCAGACCCACAAUAGAGGACUACCAACUGCCGCAGAGGUACCGCAGACUGCCGCUUGACGAGUCGGAGAUUAAUGCAAUCAACAGUGGAGGUGCUUACUGACCGCUGCAAGAUGGACACAUAGAACAAUCGUGUGGACUUGUAUUGCAGGGUUCAUCACCAAGUAUUUACUAUACACUAUACAAUUUGUUAGUUUAUAUUUAUUAAUAAAUGUUAUGUUUCAAUA